AUGCAGCGGCUAGCCGUGGUCAUCUCUGACAUGGGGGUGCUGCUUCGAGGGGUGAUGGCGCUGGCUCUGCUGUCGGCCACGGUGUGCACGUGUCCCAAGCCCUGCCACUGCUCCGAGCGCGGCGGUCAGACCAGCGUCCAGUGCUCGUCGCGCGACCUGCACGCCAUUCCGUCCGACCUCCCCGAGGACACGGUCAGCCUGCACCUGGCGUCCAACCGCAUCACGCGCGUGCCCAGCCAGGCCUUCGCGCGCCUGUGGCGCCUGCAGGAGCUGGACCUGUCGGGCAACGGCAUCGAGGCGGUGGAGGCGGGCGCCUUCCAGGGCGUGGCGGAGAGCCUGCGGGCACUCGACCUCUCCGACAACCGGCUGCGCACCGUGCCCAAGGAGGCCUUCGGCCGGCUCCGCGCCAAGAUCAGCCUGUCGGGCAACCCCUGGCACUGCGAGUGCACGCUGCAGGAGGUGCUCCGCGAGCUCCGCCUGGACGAGCACACGGUCAACGAGGUCAGCUGCCACACGGCCGUGCGCGAGGAGUUCGCCGGCCGGCCCAUCAUCCAGGUGCUGGACUCGGGGGUCAACUUCUGCAGCUUCCAGCGCAAGACGACCGACGUGGCCAUGUUCGUCACCAUGUUCGGCUGGUUCGCCAUGGUGAUCGCCUACGUGGUCUACUACGUCCGGCACAACCGGGAGGACGCGCGGCGACACCUGGAGUACCUCAAAGCCCUGCCCAACAGCUCACAGAGCAGCUCCAAGGACUCAGACACAGCCAGCACUGUGCUCUAG